GGGGCUCGCCCGCGGCCGGCGAGGGGGGCGCAGGAGGCCGCAGCGGGGGCUCCACAGGGGCCGUACGCGCCAUAUCGGCGGCGGCGGCGGCACCGACGGCACCGGCAGCGGCUUGAAACUGCUCUUGCAGAUGGGUUGGACUGAACAAUGGAUGACAGAAUCCCAGGCCAUGUAGUGUUCUGGGGAACUGGGGACUGCAAGUUUCAGCCACGGCCUGUCAGGAGAAGCCCCUGGACACUGGUUUCCCCUGUUGAGCAUUGUUUGGAGCGGAUGCUCGCUGAGGUGAGGAAAUGCGACCACCAGUCCUUGGACAACCUUAAAACUGCACAAACUUCAAGCCCCCCAGAAGAAUUUUAGAACCUGCCUGUAACUGCACCCUAGAAUUUAAAACCUGACACUGUCGGGCUCAAGGAAACUUGGGAGUUUCAAAGCCUGGUACCAAGGAAGACAGGGCCUCCACUCGCCAGCUCUGUGAUCUGGAACAAGUUUUUUGACUACUUUGUGCCUCUUCUCCGCCUGUACAAUGGCCAUGAUGACAAGAUGGACCUCAACAGGCUUUGCCUGACCUCGGACACAGACCCAAUGCCCAACCCCAAGCCAGCCAAGCCCUCGGCCCCUUCCAUGGUACUCAACCCAUCCCCAGGAGCCUCACCCAGCUGGAGGGCUACACCCAAGGCCUCAGACCUGCUGGGGACCAAGGGCCCAGGGGCAACCUUCCAGGGCCGGGACCUCCGAGGUGGGGCACAUGCCUCCACGUCCUGCUUGAACCCCAUGCCACCAUCACAGCUGCAGCUGCCCUCAGUGCCCCUCGUCAUGGUGGCACCCUCUGGAGCACGGCUGGGUCCUUCACCCCACUUGCAAGCACUCCUCCAGGACAGGCCACACUUCAUGCACCAGCUCUCAACAGUGGAUGCCCAUACCCGGACCCCCAUGCUGCAGGUGCACCCACUGGACAGCCCAGCUAUGAUCAGCCUCCCGCCACCCACAGCUGCCACUGGAAUCUUCUCUCUCAAGGCCCGACCAGGCCUGCCACCUGGGAUCAAUGUGGCCAGCCUGGAGUGGGUGUCCAGGGAACCAGCCCUGCUCUGCACCUUCCCAAGCCCCAGUGCACCCAGGAAAGACAGGUCAGUGGGCAGGGUUGGGAUGGACCCUUGCCUUGCCAUUCCUUCCCCUGACACCCUCUGUCCCCCCAGUACCCUUUCAACCAUGCCCCAGGGCUCCUACUCACUGCUGGCAAAUGGCGUGUGCAAGUGGCCCGGAUGUGAAAAGGUCUUCGAGGAGCCAGAGGACUUCCUCAAGCCUGCCCUCUACCUGGAAUGCCUUUCCUGCUCUCACCUCCCUGGCUGCUCCCAGCUUGCCACUCUUCCAACAUCAUCUCCAACACCCUGGCCAGGCUCAAGUGGCAAGCUCAGGCACUGCCAGGCAGACCAUCUCCUGGACGAGAAGGGCAGGGCACAGUGUCUCCUCCAGAAAGAGGUGGUGCAGUCUCUGGAGCAGCAGCUGAUAGUGGAGAAGGAGAAGCUGGGUGCUAUGCAGGCCCACCUGGCUGGGAAGAUGGCCCUGACCAAGGCUCCAUCUGUGGUGUCAUCUGACAAGGGCUCCUGCUGUGUUGUAGCUACUGGCACCCCGGGCACCACCAUUCCGGCCUGGUCCAGCCCCCAGGAGGGCCCCAAUGGCCUGUUUGCUGUGCGGAGGCACCUCUGGGGCAGCCAUGGACAUAGCACAUUCCCAGAGUUCUUCCAUAACAUGGACUACUUCAAGUUCCACAACAUGCGGCCCCCAUUCACCUACGCCACCCUCAUCCGCUGGGCCAUACUGGAGGCUCCUGAGAAGCAGCGGACACUCAACGAGAUCUAUCACUGGUUUACACGCAUGUUUGCCUUCUUCAGAAAUCACCCCGCCACCUGGAAGAAUGCCAUACGCCACAACCUGAGCCUGCACAAGUGUUUUGUGCGAGUGGAGAGUGAAAAGGGGGCUGUGUGGACCGUGGAUGAGUUUGAGUUCCGCAAGAAGAGGAGCCAGAGGCCCAGCAGGUGUUCCAAUCCCAUUCCUGGUCCCUGACCUCAAAACCAAGGAAAGAAGGAAGGACGGGGCCAAACUACAGGGCAAAAGUGACUAGGGGCAAGGUUAACAGGACUUGGACGUGCUCGCAGGAACCAAUUAGUAUGUGUGCUGACUUGCCUGCCUGGGACCCAACUACCUAGAUGACUAUCCCCCUGGAUCUUAUGCUGUGCACCAAGGCUGCUCAGAGGGGCCCCAGCCCUGCAAACCCACCCCUGACUCCACUCCAGCCCCUGCAACAGGCUCUCCAGGCAAACAAAAUAUUCACAAUCAACCACACACGCACCCUCCCUCAGUCAUUCACAGAUGACCUCGGGCUAGAAAAAACACAGGUGCUCACAAUACUGUCCAUUAGACUCCUUACAAAUUCUCAAAUACAACGAGCCUGUCAGUACACUUCAAAUCUGCACAGUUAUACAGACAGUCACACCCAAGUAGUCUUGUCAACCCGCAUACCCCAAAGCAUACAACCACAGCCAGCCUUCGGGCCCUUUGGUGUACUGUUACAUGAGGUGUGUCUUGACACCCACACAGAAGCAGCUUAGUGCCUUUAGGGUCUCAGGUUCUAGAAAGCCACAGGGACACAUACUGCUCACACAGGGUCUCACACAGCUCCUGACACAUAAGCUUGGUCACACAGCCCAUUAAAACUCACCUGCACACCAUACUCACACAGGCACAUCCACACAGUGCCCCAGCGGGUUUCUUGAGUCCCAUGCAGACACACAUAGCCACA